AUGGGUGUCUUUAUUUCUUGGAAGUAUCAUCACAUCACCGAUCGACUCCCACUUCUUGCACCACUUCUCGAUAUGAUGACCCACAGAAACCUCAAACGCCGAUUCACUGCAGCAGAGGCGUUGCGAUUUUUUGAAGACCGAGUCGCAGAACUUUCGGAGGCUGAUUUGGCAGCUCACAUUCAUCCAACCCAUGACAGAGACUACAUCACGGAAUACGACGAUUAUGAUAGGUGGAAGAACCUCCCACCGGUGUUUAUAGAGAGAUGGAAAGGAUAUAGAGCAACGCCUGUGCCUUGGUACACAAGAUUGCUUCGCCGAUUCUGCGCAACAGAAUUUGGGGAACGUUAUGUGCCAAAAGUGCGUUAUUUUAUGUUUAGACUUUGGUCUAUUCCAUCCACAUUCUUUAAGAGACUUCUUCCAGGAAAAAUUGCUCUUAAAUAG